AUGACGUAUUUUGUUGAUGACACAAAUUGCUCUAGCAAGUUUGCUGGAUUUGCAAUGAACGUUGGAGGCAACGUGUAUGCCGUCUACAACCUCGGAUCGUUCGAUACCUCUGUGAAUGACCUCUACACAAAGGUCAACGAUGGUCAGCAUCACGUGGUACGUUUCUACAGGAAUGGUUCCAACUCAACCAUUCAAGUUGAUCAGGAAGAACCGAGAUUCAAAAAACUAUCUGGCCGCCAGUUAUCAAAAUUCAACGGUCAAUCAGCCAUCUUCAUCGGAAGUUUGAGGACUGCUGGCAAACUCACCAAGUCAUUCCAGGGCAUUCUUUCUGGUUUAGUUUGGAAUGGUCACCACUUAUUGUCGAUGGCCUCGUCACGUGACCCAAGGUCCAAAAUUGAAGGUCAAGUUGAGGUCAACCGGAAGUCGAUGGUUAAUAAUUACAUGAAACUCGUGUGGGAGAGUGCACAAGUGAAGCGUAAAGAUGCAAUGCGGUGUGGGAGGUUAUCUGAGUGGAGAGCAAACUGUAAAGAAGGAUUAAACGUUCCCCUCGUAAUUCAAAGUUAUGAAGAUAUUAUUAAGAUCACGUACCUGCUCUUAUUUCUUUCGAUAAGUUCCUUCCUUCGUGUUCAUGUACGAGCAGAUGUGUUUAUGAAGAGGUAUGUGGGCGGGCGUGAUAGCCUAGUGGUCGAGGCGGCUUGGCGCAGUGUGCUGGGCAGUCAGGCCCGGAUUCGAAUAGGGCAGGAAGUUCCCAUUCCAAAUUAA